AUGGAUAAGCUUGCAAAUGAUUUCGAUCAAUAGCUUCUCUUAAAAGAUGAGCAGAGGAUCUUUGGACUGCCAUCAGUUGAAGAAGUAGAAUCUAAUUCAUCACCUAAAUUAGAUCACCUUAAACUUGAUAAUAAUGACCCUAGAAUAAUUUAAAGAAAAAGUUUAAUUGGAAUAGGUGGCAGUGGCAAUGUGAAAAAAUUCUCUAAUAAUGGGCUGGUAUCAUUUGAAAAACCCUUGAUUUCUAGAAAAAUGACUGCUUCUUAAAACAGAUUAACUUUAUAAAAUAGAUGCAAAGACUCUUUGAUUAUAACAAGGCCUCAUCUAUCAGGAAUUCAGUAGUUGUAGAGCGCAACUACAGAUGGGACUAGAUUUACAUAGAAUGGUGCCUUAUCAGAAAAAUCGUUUUCUGUAAGAAGCUCAAAUAUGUCUCAAAAUUGCGAAAAGAACAGUGAGAUGUCUUCUGAGGAUAUUGAGAACGAUCUAAAUGAUGGAGUUUUACUUAAUGUUCCUAUGUUAGAUGAUAUCGAUGUUAACAAGAACUUUGAUACAAGAACAAGUAUUAAAGGUGAUUCAAGGAAAAAAAUUUAGUUAGGUGGUAGUUCACUAUUUUUAGACAAAAGGGAAUAAGACUUCGUAAAAAAAAUGUAUGAGAAACCUGAGUCACUUGUCAAUUCUCCUAGCAGAGAUAGUUAAGAAGCCUUUGAAGAUCUCUAUGAAGUAUAAGAAUAUCUUGGAGAAGUAAGUAUUACUUCACUUGUAUAAUAAAUUUUUCAGGGCUGUUCAUCAGUGGUUAAAAUAUGUAAAAUGGUUAAGUCUCCAUAAACCGAAUAUGCAGUUAAAAUAAUGAAGGUUCCAGAUGAGGAGCUUUAUUACAUAGCAAUGAAAGAAUUUAGACUGCUUGAGGGAUUGGGUGAGGGCCAUCCAAACGUAAUAAAAGUCAUAGACAUAUUCUACAAUAAGAUGAGAGAGUAGAUGUAUAUCUUAAUGGAGUUCGCUGGUAAAGGCUCAAACUUAACUACAUUCAUUAAAAAUGCCUAAUAUCAGGAAGAAGAGAAUAAAGAGGUUGAAGCUAUCAAUGAGUAAUUAGUAAAGACAGUCAUGAAGUAACUUCUUGAGGGAAUAUUAUUUAUACACGAAAAUCAUAUAUGCCACAGAGAUAUCAAGCCUGGAAAUAUUUAUGUGACAGAGGACCUAUAGAAACUUAAAAUCAUAGAUUUCAAUGUCGCACUUUCUUUUAGGCACUCAUCAAAUUGCCUAGAGUACACUCCCUCUAUGUUUGGUGUUACAGGCGAAGAAAUUUUUUCAGCUCCAGAACUAUCUUCUGGUUAGUCUUAUGAUGAGAAGGUUGAUUGCUGGAGUGCAGGUAUUGUUAUGUACUAGCUCAUGACUCGAGGAUAGAAACUUAAGAUAUUCCCAUAUGAUGAGAGCGAAGAAAUUUAGCAGUUUGUGGAUAAGAAACUAGCGAAAAUCCACAAAUAUGGGGAAUGGUCUCCUGAAAUGCUAGAACUACUCAAAGAUUUAUUAUAGGCUAAUCCUAGAAAGAGGAUAUCAGCGAAGAAAACGCUUGAAAGCUCAUGGCUCACAUUACAAUGA